AUGCCCACCACCCCCGAAAUCCACACCCAAACUCUCCAAUGGCUCCAAGCCUACCACACCUCCGGAGACGCCAUGAACCCACGCACUUUCGUCCCCCAAUUCCACACCGAAGACUGCGAAAUGAUAUUCCCGGGCAAAGAGCCUAUCAAAGGCCACGCGCAGAUCAUCGCCUUCUACGAGCAGCAGUUCCAGAUCAUUGCGUCGAUGAAACAUACCAUCGGGCAUUUCGACGUGGUGGAGGAUCGGGUAUACCAGGAGGCGGAUAUCGAGUAUGUGUUGAAGGGGGAUCCGGAGGAGAAGGUUAUAAAAGUGCAAGGGCUGGCUGUGUUUGGGAAGGGGGUGAGCGAUGAGCGGAUGCAUUUCUUUAAAGUGUAUUUGGACCCGAGUGCUAUUUUCAAGAGGGUGGGGGAGUUGCAAAACGGGUCUGCGUGA